AUGUCUGCAACCAAGGAACUCACCCUGCAGGAGGUCGCUGAGCACUCCACCAAGAAGGAUCUCUACCUGAUCCUCAACGACAAGAUCUACGACUGCACCAACUUCGCCAAGGAGCACCCCGGUGGUGAGGAAGUCCUCCUCGAUCUCGCCGGCCAAGACUGCACCGAAGCCUUCGACGAUGUCGGCCACAGCGAUGAGGCGCGCGCAGUCCUCGACGACCCAGAAAUGUUCAUCGGCACCGUGAAGCGCAUGCCCGGUGAUCCCCUGCCCAAGUCCAAGGCCACCACCGCCACCGACUCCUCAUCUUCUUCCUCCGCCUCCGGCUUCGGUGUCGGUCUCUACGCCGUCAUCCUCAUCGGUGGCGCUAUCGCAUACGGCGCAUACAACUACCUCCAGGUCCAGCAGGCCCAGCAGGCUCAGCAGCAGUAA